GGAAGAGGGAAAAGAAAAAUCGCAGAUUUCAUUUGGAAAGGGAUAUCAUGGAAGGGUUGUACGAUGGAGAAGGGGUGAUAAAUAUUGAAGAUGACGAGGAAGAGAUUCAGGCUGCACUUCGGGAGACACUAAGAGACAAGAAUGUCUCUCGCGCAGUUGAGAGGAGGCGUGGGAGUGGCAGUGGUGUUCGUGUGUCUCUUGGGAAACAGAGUAUCACAGCAUACUUUGACAAGGAAUUGUCAAGCAACAAAGUAUCAAUGCAGCCAAAGAUCAACACUGCUUUGAAUGUUGAGUCAAAAGAUGUACUUGGCCAAGCUUGGGCAAAGUUUUUUCAUGCUAAUGACAUUGCUGGUCUGAAAGCAAAUUGUCCCUAUUUUCGUGCGGCUGUCAAGAUAACUCAAAACCUUGGCCCAGCUCCUGUUCCAACUGCCAAGGAGAUUGAUGGGAUAUAUUUGGACAAGAAUUAUGAAGAAGCUGAGCAGUGGUUGAACAUGUUCAAGCAAGACUGGAGGAACUAUGGUGUAACUGUGGUGUGUGACUCAUGGACAGGGCCUACUGGUAUGAGUCUCAUCAAUUUCAUGGUGUAUUGCAAUGCACGGAUGUUCUUUCAUAAAUCCAUUGAUGCUUCUGGUCAAUCUCAGACUGCAGGUUAGUUUUCUAAUGAUUGAAACUAUGUUUACGCAUGUUCAUUCAUUGUUAAUUCUGACUAGCCAUGCCUUGUUAGUUUUCUACAUGAUGGUAUGAUGCAUUUAUUGUGCAUUUAGAGUUGAAAAUCUGUUAUGUUUGUCUAUUCAUGGUUGAAAAUCUGUUAUGUUUGUUUAUUCAUGGUUAAAUGUGUCUAUUAUGCCUUUUCUAAUCUUUUUACAUGAUAUUAUUUAUUCAUGCUUAUUUCUGUUAUUUCUAUUUAUUCAUGCUUAUUUCUGUUAUUACUCGCUUCAUUUUUGUUUCAAACAAAAGUUUACU